UAUUAUUCGCUGCUGGGAUAGUGUUUUUGUAGUUAGUAAGUGGUAUUAUUGCAUAAUUGAAAAUUUCCCUUGACUUCAUCUUCCAUCCAUCCAGGUUGCAGAUACAUUUCAAUCGCUUCCGGUUCUUGAUCCAGUAUUAUGGCUUUUCCUAGUGUUUAUAACGUUUUCCUAAGCUUUAGAGGCGAAGAUACUGGCCAUUCUUUCACAGAUCAUCUUUACGAUGCAUUAAAACGGGCAGGAAUGGUUACUUUUAGGGAUAAUGAAGAAAUCAGGAGAGGUGAAGAACUGCAGCCGGAGAUCGAGAGAGCAAUUAAAGAAUCAAGGGCUUCAGUAGUUGUAUUCUCAGAGAAGUAUGCAACUUCAACUUGGUGCCUAGACGAGCUUGCGUUGAUCCUCCAACAAAGAAGAGAGUGCAAUCACUUCGUUCUGCCUGUUUUUUAUCACGUCCAUCCUUCUGAUGUGAGGAAACAAAGAGGAACUUUUGCUAUCGAAGUCAAAGCCUCUUCAAGGUGGACAGAUCACAACGUGCGCCUGUGGAAGAAAGCUCUUAAAGAGGUUGCUGAUCUGGCAGGCAUGGUUUUGUCUGGGUCUGAAACAAAGUUUUUGAAGGAAAUUGUUGACACCAUAUACAAUAAGCUGGAUCACAAAGAAGUUAGUCUUCCACCUAAUAUAACAGGGAUGGACACUCGAUACGAGGAGAUCCGUUUGUGGUUAUAUCGACCGGAUGUUGAAUUUUUAGCAAUUUGCGGGAUGGGCGGAAGUGGCAAGACAACACUGGCCAAAUACAUCUACAACUCAAAUUGGAAAACUUAUGAAAACAUGAGUUUUCUUGAAGGCAUUAGAGAAAAAUGUGAACAGCCUGAUGGUAUGCGUGUGCUACAAGAACAACUUCUCAAAGGUAUUUUAGGCGGCAAGAAGAGAAAAAUACCUAGUGUUUCUGAAGGCACAUGUAAGAUUGAGGAGGCCUUACAGACAAAAAGGUCGCUUAUUGUUCUUGAUGACAUUGUUGAACGUAGUCAGUUAGUUGCUUUACUUGGAACUGGGAGGAUUAAUGCUCAUAGCAAGAUUAUAAUAACAACAAAUAGAGAAAAUACAGAUGAUUGGUUUAAGUUCACAGAUUGGAGGUGUGAAGAAUAUAAAAUGAAAUUAUUGAAUCAUGAUGAAUCGUUAGAGCUUUUAAGCCGUCAUGCUUUUGGUUCCAAAGUUCCCAUGGAAGGUUUGGAGGAGCUUGCAAUACAAGCAGUACAAUAUUGCGAAGGAAAUCCUUUGGCGCUUGAAGUGUUGGCUUCUUCUCUAUCCAAUAACAAUACCAUCUUACAUUGGAAAAGCCAAUUAAAUUUACUGGAAAAAGAAGUUGAUUCUAGAAUUCAAAAUGUACUUAUAAUGAGUUACAAAUCAUUGUCGGGUGACUUGGAGAAAGAGUUAUUCUUGCAUAUUGCUUGUUUUUUUGUUGGCAAAGACGCGGAUUAUGUGGUAAAGAUAUUGCAGCAUGAUUACUGUGCAUUUUCUGGGAUCAAAAGCCUAUCCAACAGAUGCCUUCUUUCUGUUUCACCAAACAACAAACUCAUGAUGCAUCCGUUGCUUCAAGAGAUGGGGAAAAACAUAGUUCGUCAAGAAUCAAAAUUCCCUGCAAAACGUAGUAGAGUCUGGCUGAGUAGCGACUCUUAUAAGAUAUUGAGUAAAGGAGAGGGUUCAGAAACUAUAGAAGGUUUAGCACUUGACAGCCAAAUGCUAGAGGAACAGAAGUUUGCUUUAAAGUUAUCAAACCUCAAGACAGAUGCACUUCAAAAGAUGGAUAAACUAAAAUUGCUCCAACUACACUUCGUGGAGCUCACUGGGUCCUACGAGAAUUUUUCAGAAGACUUAAGAUGGCUCUGCUGGCUUGGAUCCAAUUUAAGAACCAUACCCUCUGACUUAUUCAUGGGGAACUUGGUGGCUAUGGAUAUGAGCUAUAGCAACUUGGAAAUAUUUGAACCACCCACGGUUCUUCCAUCGCUGCAGAUUCUGAAUCUUACAAACUCGCACAAUCUAUCCGAAAUACGCAACAUGUCCAUGAUCCCUCAUCUAGAGACUUUAAUUCUAUGGAACUGUCACAGUCUCUCUCGUGUUUGUGAAACAAUUGGAGACCUCACGAGUCUUGCACUACUGAACAUGACAGGAUGUAGAAACCUGUGCAAGAGUGAGCAAACAGAAGCUUCUACCUCUGGUGGAGGAGUUGCAGAACAGCCUACCUUUUUCUUCCCACCUUCAUUACACCAGUUAUUCCUCAAGGAUUGUGAUCUUGAGUGUACUGAGUCUUUUCCUCUGAGUUUUAGUGUUCAACUAUCUUUGCAGUACAUGAAUUUAGGCAAUAGUCUCUUUGAGUUUCUGCCUUGUUAUGACCAUCUUAAAAAUCUUCGGGUCCUUGACUUGAGUUUAUGCUCAAUGCUUAAACAGCUUCUUUGUCUCCCAAGUACACUUGCAGAAUUGUAUGUAUACUAUUGUAAGUCGCUGGAGGAAAUUAGUUUCCAAUCACAUCGAUUCACAUUGCAAGAGUUUGGCUAUGAAGGUUGUGUUAGUUUAUUGGAAAUUGAAGGCUUUAUCAAAUUGGUGCCUGUAGCCAAACUUGAAGAAAUUGAUUUGGGACAUAUGAAGUGGUUGAAAGAAUAUCAAAAUCAUGAGGUGUGCCUGGUUGGUGAUGAUGAACUCACCAAAGGCAGAAGUACGUGUAUCCAGAUGUUGUAUGAAUUCAAUAUAAUGAGCACAUCUCUUCCAUACAUGGAGGAUCCAAACAUGAAGCCUACUUACGAAUCAGAGUUAUCAUCUUUGUCAUCUGUGUCCUUUGACGUGCCUCCGCCUCCCAAGAAUAGGAGAAUCAAAGGACUUGAUGUAACUUUCAAGUAUACAAUAUCAGGUGAGAAUGAUGUGUUAUGGUUCUGUAAGAUCAGUACGACCAAUGGUGUUGAUUUGAUGUACAACCCCAAAGUCUUUGGUAAACCUGAAUCUGGUGAAGUUGGUAUAUGGUUAAGCUAUUGGCCAAUUGGAAAUGCAUUGGAUACGGGAGAUAAAGUCAACGUCUCUAUCGCUGUGAUCAGUGGAUUGGAGGUACAUGAAUGUGGUGUGAGUCUUGUUUAUACUGAUGAUAAAGUAGCAGAGGAAACCUUGGAAAACAACAUGGAAUGGAUAGAAGUUCUUGGAGGAGAUUUGUCUGGAUUUCAACUAAGCACACGGGCUUACUAUUUGUGUCGCCGUGAUUUGUUUGAGUUAAUGGAGGUUGGUAGAUUGACUCUUGGUUGGUUUAGUAUUCUAGUUGGUGAUACCAUCGAAUGUACAGAGGUACGAGGAUGGAGAAAAACAGGUCGACCUACACAGUUGAAACCAUCAUUUACUGAGUUAAAGUUUGUUAGAUGCAUCGUCCAUGGUCCUGAAUCGGAGGACAUUUACAAGAUUGCAGAGAUGUCAAAAUCAUCUUUUGUAGAUAUCUAUAAAACAUUGGACUUCACAUCAAGCCUGCUUGGGGAGACGAUGAUAUCUUCCACAUCGUCUAAAUUUAGUGAAACAACAAUAAAGGAAUUAAAUGAGAUUCAGGAGUCUACUAUAAGCAUACAUGGUGAGAAGUUGAAAUCACUGGCUACACAUGGUGUUACUGACGAGAUGGAGGUUAAGCCACAAGAAAAGGCUAUGCUACUAGAUCCCCUUCUUUCAGAAUCCAUCUCCAAACUAUAUGAAAUCGUAAUAAAUGCAGCUCAAACCACAGCCAAUUUCAAGCUAGAAUUGAUGCAACUCGCUGUCACCUUAGAGAGAAUAGCACCAAUUAUUCAGGACACAGUCAAUAUGAAUCGGAAACUAGAUCGUACAGAGGUCGAAUGCAAGAUGUUUACAGAUGAAAUCAAAGAAGCAACAAAACUCGUUGCCAAAUGUUCGAAAGUAAAGAGGAAAAUUAUCAAGAAGCUGACUUACUCACUGAAGCUAAAAGACUUCAACUUUAAGUUGCUAAGAUUCUUUCAAAUCGAAGUUCAAGCCUUCCAGAUUCGGGACAUUACACAGACGCUUUUAGAGGUCAACGAUGUAAAGUUAAAAAUGGAUUGUACUAUAGCUUUGGAUGUGAAAGAUAUGCGACUGGGAAGAAGUUGGAUCGAUAAUUAUGGUGAUUCAGCGUCCACAUCUUCGAAAGCAGAUCAAUCUGAACGAGAAAAGUAUGGUUGGCAAGUUCCCGCACUUUCAAAUGGAAUUGUGGCAUUUGAUGAGCGAUUAGCGAAACUCAAGGCUGAGGUUUUUUCAAGCAGCGAUAUUAAUGAUGGUGAUGAUCGUUCGGUGCUAGUUGUUGCAGCUGCCGCUGGAUGUGGGAAAACUACUUUGGUGAAAAUGCUAUGCCAUGAUCCUGAAAUUCUAGAUAAAUUUGGGGAGAAUAUCUUCUUUGUGACGGUUUCAGAAACACCCAAUUUCAUGGUGAUUGUCAAUGACCUCUUUAAUCCAAAUUCCUCCUGCCCCCAAGUUCUGUUUGAAAACAAUGAAGAUGCCAAGAACAAAUUAGAAAACUUUUUGAAUCAGAAAGUAUCAGGUCCCAUGCUUCUGGUAUUAGAUGAUGUGUGGUCUGGUUCCUUCAUUGAAAACUUUCCAUCCAAGAACAAAGAAUGCAAGAUUCUGGUCACGUCUAGGACUGCAUUCACAAACUAUGAUGUGUUCCGAUUUGAUCCUUUGAAUGAGAAAGAUGCAAAAACUCUCUUUUGCCAGUCUGCAUUUACUAAAGACGGAAAGAGACCUACUCCAACUAUUGAUGAGAAUCUUGUGAAUCAGAUGGUAGCAUGUUGUAAAAGACAUCCACUUACUUUAAUCGUGGUCGGGCGGUCCUUAAAUGGAAAAGAUGAGUUAAUCUGGAGAUCUAUGCUGAAGUCAUUGUCUGAAGGUAGGUCAGUUCUAGAUAUACACAAGGAUGUACUCAUCCUCCUAGAAAGAAGCUUUGAGGCCCUACAUGAUGAAUCCAAGCAAUGCUUCCUGGACUUUGGGCUCUUCCCAGAAGAUCGAAGGAUCCCGGUUAGCGCCCUCUUAAAUAUGUGGGUGCAUUUGUACGACCAUGAUGAUGACGGUGUUGAUACCAUGGCCACCAUCUUUGGCCUUUCCUUUAGAAAUCUUGUCAAUCUUAUGGCCACGGGUUUUAGGAAUCAGUCGGGGGCAAUAGUUAACUAUUGCGACCAACAAUUUGUCACCCAACAACAAAUGCUGAGGGAGCUUGCUAUUCACUUGAAUAGCAAACUACCUUUACCACAAAGGAGUAGAUUGAUCAUUAAUGCACGAGGAGAAGACUUGCCUGCGUAUAUCCAACAAGUGCAAGAACCUAUGCAAGCCCGUGUAUUGUCUAUUUCCACAGGAGAAUCUUUCUCCUCACGGUGGUGCAACAUGGAAGCCCCAAACCUUGAAGUUCUAAUUUUGAACUUAGUAUCAAAAACCUACACUUUACCCCCUUUCUUAGCAGGAAACCAAAAAUUAAAGAUUCUAAACAUCUCAAACCACGGUUUAUACCCUACAAAAUUCAAAAAUUUCCAUUUUCUUACCUCUGCAUACAAUCUAACAAGGAUUAGAUUUGAGCAUGUCGCAAUAUUUCCAUCCAUUUUAUCGCUCAUAAACCUGCAGAAAGUAUCGUUAAUAAUGUGCAAAAUUGGCAAGACUUUCAAGAACCGAAUGGUUAAUACCCCAAAUAUCUGGCCAGAAUUAGAUGAGCUUGAGAUUGAUUACUGCCAAGAUUUAGUUGAAUUCCCGGGGGCGUUAUGCAACAGUGUCCACCUUAAGAAGAUUAGCAUUACAAACUGUAAUGAGAUGUGUGGAUUUAAUGAAGAAUUUGGGAACUUGAUGACUUUGGAAAGUUUAUUUCUUCGUUCUUGUACGAAACUGAAACAGUUGCCGGAAUCGAUUUGGAGAUCUGAAAAGUUGAGUGUUCUUAAUAUUUCAGAUUGUUUGAGCUUGAGUGGGUUGCCAGAAAAAAUAGGGAAACUGGCUGGUUUACGGAGGAUUUAUAUGAAAGGUUGUACUGGAGUACAUGAGCUGCCAAAAUCUGUGGAGGAGUUGCCUCGUGUACGUGUGGUAUGUGAUGAAGAAUUAGCUUCUCUAUGGCUUGAAUACAGUAAUGUGGAGAUUGAUCUGGUGGAAGAUCAAUUGAAAACCCUAAUGAGAAUCAUCUGAUAUUCACACUUCUAGGUCCCAUCUGUCUCGCUAGACAAGACACAUGAUAGAACAAAACAAAUUGUCCUGCAAUUGGUGUAUACCGGACUCAUUAGACAAAAAUUCCAUUACUUUGUUCUACUUGUGUCUUCUUAUAUAAUAGGUUUCGUUGAGUGUAUAUAUGCUUGCAUUUUGUUCUUCAAACAGGUGUGAUUUUAUUUCGAUUGUUUAUACUUCAUGUAAAUAAUUGUCUUGGUUGUUGAAUCCGUUGUGAUGCUUGAUGUUCUAGUAGGAACAACAUCAGUAUCACAUAUUGCAAUGGACUCUAUAAGUUUAUGAACUAAUUUCAAAUUU